UGAUUUCAAUUGUCCAACAUGGAGGAGAUCAAAAUGAGAACGGACAAACCAUCGAAACUCUGGUCCCAGUGGCUAGCCGCACUAUCUCUUCAUCUUCUUGCUGUUCUGGAUGGACUGGUGGCAGGAUGGACAUCUCCAUACCUAGCCAAAUUGACAAAUGGAACUGAAUCAUUGACAAUCACUAAUAAUCAAGCGUCGUGGAUCGCCUCGCUGUAUCUUUCAUCGCAGCCUAUUGGCUCGAUAUUUGCUGCUGUGAUAGUUCGCACUAUUGGAACGAAAAAAGCUGUUCUUUUCGCUGGGAUUCCUCAUGCCCUUGGAUGGAUGUGUUUCUUAAUCAGCGAGUCAGUUCCGGCUAUUUACACCGCACGGAUAUUCGGUGGUUCGGGAUUUGGAAUUUAUUACAGUACUUUUCCACUUUAUAUCGGUGAAAUUGCUGAUCCGAAGAUCAGAGGUGCUCUCGUUGGAGUCGUUGCUCAGGGCACGGGCAUCGGAUAUCUGAUUGGGAAUUUCUUGGGGGCAUAUUUGCCGAUGAGGACCUUCGCCGUUAUAGGACUCACCAUGUCCAUCAUUUACAUGCUGUCUUUCUUCUUGAUUCCGGAUAGCUCUCAUUAUUUAAUCAAGAGAAAUAAACUCACAGAAGCUGAAAAAUCACUUAAGUGGUACAAUCGGAAGAAAGACGUCAAGUCUGAAUUGGAUGCGUUGAUAACGUACAUUGGAAAAACCGAGAAAUUCUCUCUCAAAGCGGUGGCCAGGAAAUUUUUAUCUCCGCUCAACCGAAAACUGUUAAUAAUUAUUAUUGGUAUUAACCUCUUCAUGCAUCUCAGUGGUGUUUACGUAAUCGCAAUGUACCUCGAAAUUCUUCUGACCACUUUGAAAAUCAAUGUCAUAGCACCGUCAGUAGUUGUGAUUGGUGUUGGAGUUGUUGCAAUUAUUGGCGGUCUUGUGACGACGUACACGAAUGAUUACUUCGGAAGACGAACAAUGCUCGCAGUUUCUGCCCUCGGGGUAUCUGUGAAUUUUUUUCUGAUAGGCAUCGAUUUUCUGCUGAUGACACAGGGUUACAAUAUUUCAAAUUAUCAGAUAAUCAUCAUUGCCGAAUUUAUGCUGUACAUAUUCUUCUUGAAUAUCGGACUAGCCAAUAUUCCCUGUUGUCUUUUGAGUGAAAUUUUUCCAACUGAACUCAAAGAGUUCGGCUCCUGCACGGUUAGUGUUGUCAGUGCAUUCGCUGCUUUUCUUGCCGGCAAAAGCUAUCAGCCAAUACUGGACGGUACAUCCGAAGAAUUCGUAUUCUUUCUCUCAGCCUUUGCAUUAUUAUUCAUGUUCAUCUACACGAUUACUGUAGUUCCAGAGACUAAAGGCAAAUCACUCCGAGAAAUUCAAGAGAUGUUGAUGAAUAAAAGCGAGCGAAUCGAGAAAAUCGAAGAUUAAUCAUCCACAAGGACAAUCAAAACGAAUAGUAGAUGUACUGAAUAUUGUACAUGAU